AUGAAUAUAUUAAUCACUUUUCUCACGGUUGUGAUAUUACUAAUCAGUAGAAUCUACUCUCAAUCUACUACUGCAGAUUCUCAGUAUAAGACUACUGAAGAAAUAACUACAGUAACAACCAUAUCUACGACAACGACAACUACUACAACGUUCGCUCCUGAAGUCGAUCAUGAAUGGGAAGAUCUUAUACUGGCUGGACCGACAGUAGUCAAUUAUCUUGGUUUAUUUAUGGUGCUUGCAUCACGUAAAAAUCAAACAUUAAAUGCUUCUGCUGAAUUUACGCCUAAACAUCUUAGCGUCACUCAACCUUUGCCUGUCAUACUUUCUCGAAUAUCAACAGAUAUGCAAGCUGCUUUUAAAGUUGCUAGUGAUGACCUUAUUCGUACUAGAAGUAAUAUGGAUCAAAUUCCAGAUCAUAUAAAUGCAGGUUUGCUUUUAAUCCAAACGGCGCCUAAUGCUCUUUUAGAGACACUUUUACCAUAUACAUUAAAAAAUGUUAAGCGUGCUGCUAAUGAAGGAGCAGCUGUCACUAAACCAACACUUGAACGUUUUAUUACGGUUGAAGUAAUACUUGAAGAACUUGUGACAUUACUUAGUUCCACAUCAGCAACAAAAGAAGAUGAUAUCAAUUAUUUAAUGGAAGCAAAAGCCUAUGCGAAUGAUAUACAAAUGCAAUGGAGUCUUUUGGUAAAACUUUUCAAAAAAUUCUCACAACGAGCUGAUAUCACUGAAAUAAGAAUUGUCGACAGUUUUAUUAAACCAACUGAAGUAGCAAGUAAUCUUACUACCCCCAAUCAACGUCGUACUCAUCUUGAUAAACUUAUUCCAGCUGCAAUUGCUAUUGAUCAAUCAUCACAUCUAUUAGAUAUAAUGGCACUUACUUACGCUGAGAUAUCAAAUGAACAUAUGAUAAAUCAAAUUGCUUCAGAUAAGCCUUAUCUUACUCUUGCAACGGAAUCAGCACGAGCAUUAAGUCAACGAGAAUUAUGGCAAAAUACAAUAGCACAAUCAGUAAAAGUUGCUCGACUUGCUCAAGUACGUCAAAAUGAAUUUGCUGCAACAAGUUCUGGCCGAAAUGAACGAUAUUCUACUUAUUCAAAAGAUCCUGUUGCUACUUGA